AUGCAUAAAAAUAAAAUGAAAAAUAUUCCCACAAACGAAAAAUUUAUUAAUGCAGUCUUAGGCACUUAUGAGCCAGCCCCCGAGAGACUAAAAACCCCAGAUUUCACACCAAGUCAUAGAACAGAUUUUAGACAAAAGUUUAGGGCCUCAUGGAAUGCAAAUUCAGAAAUCCAAGACGAGAAUAUGGAAAACCUACUACAAAAGGAAAACGAAAUAAGGAUAAAAGCCAAGUUUGUUUUAUCCUUAAAUCCGAUCGAGCUCAGUCCUAAUAGAUAUAAAACAUCAAAAUUAAACCAUUUUAGCGAUGCAUUGAAAUUUAAGAGGAGCCCUUUUGACAGCAAAAAAAAAAUUGGAAAAGAUAAAAGGGUACAGAAUAAAAAUGCAGAUCAAUUCCACCUACCUUCUUUGAAGAAGAUAGUAUCCUAUAAUGCAUUAGCUAAAUUAGACUCCAUGGAUCAGUUAGAGUUGCAGAAGCUUCUUGUGACAAGAAAACAAAGACGAAGCGUGUGUUAA